AUGGUAUCGCUUGCUCUCAGUGCUGUCUUCUUCCUGUCUUUUAUUUCCUCUCUUGUCGCUUGUCAGACCUCCAUCAAUACCACCGCCGUCCCACUUCCUGUUCCAGAAGGACCAUAUGCUUCUACAAUCACAGUAUCAGAGCUUACCGAUACGUCACGGGCCAACCCAUUCAAUGGAUCUUCUCCAUAUCGUCAAAUUUUAGUCGGCUAUUAUGAGCCAUAUCUCAGGGAAGAUUGCGAUAACAUUGGCGAAAUCAACUACAUGCCAGCUGCCGUGGCAAAUUGGUUCAAUGAGAACGAUCUCCCAAGCUCUGAUUUGACAAUAUUCUCUCAAAUCAAAUUUUCUGAUAUCUGCCUUGAAGCACCAACUAUCAAGCCUGAUACACCUCUUCUCAUCUGGACUGGUGGUUUCUAUACCAGCCGUCUCCAGUACGGUGCGAUUGCACAAGCAAUUGCCAGCCGGGGCUACAGCGUUGUGACAAUAAUUCAUCCAUAUGAUGCAGAAAUUGUAGAGUCUCCAGAUGAAACCAUCAUUUACAGCGCGUACGCCAGUGGAGCACCAACUGGCGCGACUAGCGUGUAUCUCCAAAGUAUCCGUGUCAAAGAUAUUGAGUUCGUCGCGAGUGUAUUCUCGGAAACUUCUGAGGUUGUUGGCCUGUACGGACAUUCCUUGGGAGCCUCAUCUCAGACUGCUGUAUUGCAAGCAGAUACAACGGGCAAAUACGUAGCAGGUUGCAACUUGGAUGAUCUUUUGACUCUGAAGGAUCCAAGGGUAUCUCUUGAACUCUUCAAGACAAUUCAAAACUCAUUCACUGAUCUACCGUUGGUUAUCGAUGUGGCUGGCGUUCGAUCAGUCAAUGAAUCUUACUUCGAGACACUCAUUGAUACGAUAUAUGGACCUCGGGAGAUUCAUGAUAUUACCUCUUCUGUUCGUGAGUGCUUCGAUUGGACUCUUAAAGGUGUCGAGACGCACCCACUUUUGGAUGCGUCGAAUAGCUCUUUUUCGAAUGUUCUUUUCGUUCGAAAGGCUGGUUAUUAG